CCCUACAGCACGAUAACAACAGAUACAGACACGCUUUUUGAUCGUUAAGCAUGGCCGAUGUUGAGAACAAUGCGUGGACGAAUGAAAUCUUCUGGCAAGACGGCGCCUACCAACACGAGCAGUCGCCGAUCUACUCGUAUUCAGCCCAGGGUGUCCGGACCUCUUUGGCCGCAGCUCAGCCUUAUCAGUUUUGUGUUGCAGGUGGCUUUGCGUCAACUCAGUCUCUCAGUAACACCCCUCGCUACGUCUCUGAUAAUACACUUAUACAACGACUUCAUAUGCAAGAGUAUGAGCAUGAGUUGCAGUAUACUACGGCCGGGGCGAACCACGGUUAUAGAGAGAGGAGUGGAAGUGGGACUACUCACAGUUACGCCCGUAUCAAAAGCGCAACCAGCUCUCCUGGAUUGGCUCACUAUCAGAUCGCAGCCGACACUCACCAUGUCGGCACUUUCCUCAGUCAAGGCGAAUCCUUUGGCGAGACCUCCGUCGCGCAUAACGAUUCUGACUUCUCGACCUUUGAAUAUACCGAGGAAGAAACACACGAAGAUGCAGGUCAUGAUCCAGACGCUGAAGAAGGUGGAAGCGUGAGUAAAACAUCCGGCUCUAAAGAGAGACUCCCCUGUACCCAUGCAGAAUGCCUAGGAGACAAUGGAGAGCCAAAAAGGUUUUUCAGUCGCAAAGCCGACGUCACUAGACAUUACAAGUCCCGGCACGAGGUCAGUCGUCUAGACUGUCCCUGGCCCAAGUGCACGAGAAAAGGCGUACAAGGGUUCGCGAGAUCGGACCAUCUCACUGAACAUCGAAGAGGUUAUCACCAAGAGCGUAUCCCGAAGAGAAUUGUUGGAAACAGUUCCGAGAGACAAGAUGAAACGACUCCCACGAGCAAUGCUGGGUUGAAUAUCGUGGUGCAGCCGAUGAGUACUGGCGUCGUCAGUGCUUCUGCUUCCGCUUCCCUGUCGCCUUCAUUCGAGAGCACUCCGACCACGAGUGUUGCGGAGAUGAGUGAUGGCAAUUCCGGUCAACUUCAGACCUAUUAUCAAGACAGAGAUAUCGCUGGCUGUACGAGUACUGCGGCACGAAAGCGGGAGGCUAGUGACGAAAGCUUCGAUGCAGAUCAAGAGUCGAAUGCUGAACCUACAAGGAUUGGUGAUGCACCAAAGCGUCGAAGGGUGUCACGACUUUCGGUCACUGCACACACGAACAAAGACAUGACCCGAUGGGAGUCGGAGCUGUCAAGUACAGAUCGAGGGUCGUACUAUCAAACUUCACAGCAACCGCAACAGCAAACACAACCACGACCGCCAUCUCAUGGUCAUGGUCACAGUCAUGGUCAAAAUGAGUCGAUGAUGUACGGGCCUCAGCCCCAGACCCAGUCCCAGACCCAGUCCCAGACUCAACACCGUAGUGGAUCCGACAUGUCGACUUCAUUGUCAUCAUUUUAUUUACAGAGCCACGAGAUCGAGCGCUAUUCUCAGACACCACGAAUGCCGCCACAGUAUUUUCAGGAUCAACAUCGAUCAAUACGGAAUCAGUUUGGAUAAGUUGGAGGGCCGUUAGCACACGCAAUCCACUGCAGGACGGCAGCUUUGGACCGUCGUUAUGAUCUUUCUGUUUCCUGUUUGCUGUUACGAUCAUUCUUUCUCCUGCUGGAUCAGCUUGCUUGCAUUUUACCCCGGGGUUCAUUUCGUAUUUUACGGCCAUUCUUUUCUCGAGUUGAUAAGCUUGUCGACCUUGACAGGAUUUUGUUUCCUUUCCGAGUUGCUUUUGUCAAACGCAAGAGGUUGCCAAAGAUACAAGCAUGUAUUAUUGCCCAGUCUGCUUUUUGUUUUUGUUUGGUUCUGUUCUAGCAUUACGACUUGACGAUUGCUAUGCGACUACGAGGUUUUGAUUUUCAGCGUUAUUGCAAGGAAGGAAUUGGAUUUACAUUGUUUUUCUGUCUCUACAGAGAGGAUUAUCGUUCUACGAUUUGCUUGCUGCCUUGAGUCUGUAUGUGUGUUUUUGCAAAGACGAUUCCAGAUAUGAUUAUGAUGACCUACAAAACCUUUAACGAAGGGCGGUGUUGGGAUUCUCACGAUCUUUUUGGUUGUAUCAAUGGCUUUCGAUAAUUUUUUAACAU